UGCAGGAUUUAUGGUCAACUUAUGCGAAUCUCGAAGAUAUUGUACAAUAUUGCAAAGACAAGAUUAAAGACGAACAUUAUCAAAAUUUAAUUAUAGAAUUGGAGAGGGAUAUGAGAAGUACAGCUGAAAGACUCGGUUUGAUGGUACGUAUGUAUGGUCUUAAAGAAAAAAUUAAUUAUCAGCCUACAAAUCUGGAAUAUAACACUAAUUAUGUUAUUACUGAGUUUGUUCCACGUGAUAUAAAAUAUAGAGGUAGAGAAUCCUUAUCGUCACAUAUGAAAUUCCAAACACCACGAAGCGAGUUUCGUCAAAGAUUACGUAAAAAUGAAUUCUUUCUCUAA